AACAGAGAAAUGCAAGCGUUGAUGUGGGACCAGAUCUGGAAGCUGAUAAAAACUGGAUGAUUCAUACCCCAAAAGUAUCAACAGACGACGAGGUGAUUAUGCAAAAGAUGAAAAAUACUUUUCCACUUCGACAAGAGAUGAUUGGAAGACAGGAUUCAGCCACAAGUAUCAUAAGAUCUUUUCCACGUUUCCUAAAUACACCUGGGCUAAUUGAGCAAGACUUCAGACUUCUCUUUCCAGAUCAUCAUACAAAUUUUCUUGAAAAGUGGCCAAAUGUGAAGGAUCAAGUUGUUAGCUUUGCCAGAGAGAUUAAUGGAAGUAUAAUUACUAGCCAGUUAUUGACUGCUGUGGACAGAGAUCCAGAGGGAGAUGGCCUGUAUGGAGACUGGGAUCCUGAUACUGCUGCAAUACUUUUGCUUUUGUGUCUGUUACCGCCUGUCAACCAGGGUCGAGGAAAAUCACAAAAGAUGUCGAUCACAACCGCAAUUGAUGAGAUAAUUCAAUUCGAAAAGAUUGGAACCAGUGUAGAGGAAUUUCUAGAAUGUGGACAACAUAAGUUGAUGCAGCCAUACCUACUUGCCAUAGCUUCUUUUGAGUAAUUCUGAUAUAUUGCAUUAUGCUACCCACAACCAUAUUAGUGAUGAUGGUGUUCUGCAAGAUUUUUUGCGAUGGGAAGUUAUUUAAAGAAAGCUUUCUUUUUCAAGAGGAC